AUGGCCACCACGCUUGAUGCAUAUCUAGGAUUGUCUCAGCCGAACUGCACUCCGGAGUGUAUUGCGACGUCGCAGGAAAUACGAGACAGAGGCUCGACGUUCGUGGCUAGUAUCUACGCUGCGUCCAACGACAAGGAAGCUCGUGCCGUAGUCGCAUGCGUCAGGAAUGUCGUUCACGCCUCAAAGCCCGCUACACAUGAGGUAUCGGCAUGGCGAUGUAUGGUACUGAAGGAGGGAAAGACUGGAUUGGGUGGGCCGGAUGACUUCGAGUUGAAGACCGGGAGUGAGGAUGACAGGGAACAGCAUGCCGGUGGUAAGGUCCUGAAAGUCAUGCAGGAAGAGGGAGUGAUAGAUGCUGUUGUUAUUGUCAGUCGCUGGUAUGGAGGCGUCAUGCUGGGACCGGUACGCUUCGCCCAUUUUGAGACAUGCGCCCGAGACGUAUGUCGUGUGUUCAGGCUGAAGGAUGACAUGGCGACAUCGAUUGCUAGACUGUCCUCCUUGGAUGACACUCUUACAUCCCUGCGGGCUGAACUUGCCUCCCUCACCAAGGACAAGCAGUCAAUGCAUGAGCAGUCGGAGUCUACUCUUGCUCCUCAAGACGAACCGAAGCUCAAGAAGGCUCCAGAUUACAUCACACUGAAGGAGUCUUUGGAUAUCAACAAGGCGAAGCGGCUCAUAGCUGCUAGAGAGAACGCCAUCAGGGUCGUGAAGAAUGCUCUGAGAAAGAAACGUGACACCGCAGUUGGAUGAUAGCUCGCAGCCAUCGUUGUGUGCGUGCCCUCUGGCCACUGUCUGUUGGGUUGAUGUCUUCCCCCCUCUAUGAUUUUCGCGGCCUUCGACCGUCGUCAGCUCACGGAUGGCGCCGAGCGGCGUAUCGAUGCCGCCUGCGAACGUUCGAUACGACUGAAUGCAAUAUGGCAGGUGGGAGGCGCGCAGAUGGAUUUGCUAGAAGCGGAGGGUGUGGAAAAUUUCCGAAGUGUGACAAAUUUCUGCGUGUUGCACUUACAUCAAACACCCCACGAUAUCUAGUCAUAUACAUUGCAACGAGUGCAGCCUCCUGUCCUGCAGCACCAUCUACAUGUCCACAGAAUCCCGUGCUUCAUUCGACUUCCUUCGCUUGCUUCCGGGUGUCUAACUAUCUGGCUUUCGCUGGAAUAUCUUCAUGGAAAUGCUUGAUUGGCAGCACCACCUGCAGCAUG